AUGGGGGCACCUGUCUCUGAUCCUAGCAUAUAUAGAAGGUUGAUUGGGAAGUUGAAUUUUCUUCAACACACAAGGCAUGACAUCUCUUUCUCUAUUCAGCAUCUCAGUCAAUUUCUUCAACAUCCUCAGGUUCCACACAUGUUAGCUACACUUCAUGUUUUAAGGUAUCUCAUGAAUGACCCUACACAGGGCAUCUCGCUUUCUCCUAACAUGUCUCUUAUGGGCUUCUUUGAUUCUGAUUGGGGUUCUUACACUAUUUCUCGCAAGUCUGUCAGUGGUUAUUAUAUCACUCUUGGUGGCAGUCCUAUUUCUUGGAAGAGCAAGAAACAACCUAGUAUAUCCGUGUCUUCAGUAGAAGCUUAA